AUGGUUUUGAUCGAGGAAGUGAAUACCAUAUCAUCAAAGUUAAAACAACAGUCAAGAUAUCAUGGUAGUAAAGAAUCUUUACUAUCUAAAGUUGAUUCGAUUGUAUGCUUAUCUUUCCUCAAUGUAAUGAAUAUUAUCUCCUUGGCUGUGCCAAUUACUAUGUUAACUAUCGGCAUUAUAAAGCGUGAUAAAUGUCCCAUGGAACCAAGAAUUCCACUUUUCUUGAUUGUGACAAGUGCUGCAAGCAUAGUUUGGAUGACUGCUACUCUGGUUUUGAAUUUCAUUAAAUUAUGUUGUGUAGCACUUUUGUCAAACUCAAUUAAAACAAAAGUAUAUAUUAUACUGGGAAUUAUAAUAUUCUUGUUCUGUUCACUCACUAUGUGUUGGAUGAUCGUGGUACGUAAUUGA